AUGGCAGAAACAAAAGCCAAGAGAUUCCUUUCACUCUUCCUCCUCCUCCUCUCAACCACCGCAGCAACGUCAAAGAACACCACAACAGAUUUCAUCAGACAAAGUUGCGGCAAAACCCUCUACCCUAGCCUCUGCUACGCCUCGCUCGCCCCAUACGCCACCGCUGUGAAGCAGGACCCGGUGAAGCUGGCCGUCGCAGCCGCUAACGUCAGUCUCAGCAAGAUCCAUGACGCGUCGUCUCUCGCGGCUGCCUUCCGCCUGAGCAGCACCGGGCGGGUCAGUGCUGCGCUGCGGGACUGCGUUGAUACACUUGGUGCUGCGGCGGAUCUGACGAAUCGAUCGGCGGGGGAGAUUACGAAGCUCGGCGACGCGUCGAAGACGGGCGGGAGCGGCGAGAUCGCGUGGGAAGUUUCGAACGCGCAGACGUGGAUGAGCGCGGCGAUGACGAACGAGGAGACUUGCCUCGACGGGUUCGAUGGAGUGAGGGCGGGGAGGGGAGUGCGGGCGAUGUGCGAUCGCGUCGGCGGGGUGAAGAAGUAUACGAGCAACGCUCUGGCGCUGCUUAAUACGCUUGUUCAUGGCAGCUAAGAUUAACUUGGAAGCAAUUUCUUUUGAGUUGCUCCGUUCCGCUGUACUCGGCUUUGUUUGAUUAAUGGAUUAAGCUGUUCUGCUUUCAACUUUUAAA